UGGGAGGCUGAUGUGUAUCUGCGCUGGGCGUGGUACGUUCCAUACGAGACAUGCUCUAAAACAGUAGACGGGCUCGGUGUUACCGUGUCAGCAUCGCGAUGUAACUCUGCCUACAUCUUUUGGUUGAGAGACGUGAUACUGACGGGAAGGCACCCGCUGCUAAUGGUGUAUUCUGACCAACAAACCAGCCUUCGUGCACUCAAGUACUUCUACCCCGUCUCAAUGAGCGCGCUUCACGAGGUUUCGAGACAAUCGGGCCUUGUGCCGCUGACUGCUGAUCUGCCUUAUCUUAGACUUUCAUCUGGUGGACACCAUGCACAAUUCAAAGGCUGACGUCGCAGGUAGAAGCCAGGCAGGAGUUGACCUCACUCGCCAUGACGACAGAUGUCCUCGCGUACCGUCUGGUGAGUACAGAAAGGUUAUUCUCCUAGAUCCAACGGGCCAGAGAUGGAGGGUCAUACACGCUUGCUGCUCGCUGAGCCUGGUCCUCCUCGUGCCAGAGUCUCAGCCCAAGGUGGCAUGCGUAUCCGUUACGGAGCGGCGAGCCUUCGCCGGACAACCAUCUGAUUAUCCAUGCCGCUGGGACACACUAGCGAGCACGUGGAGGCUGCCACAUGCAAACAAGUAAAUAGGUCGUCCAGUCGUCGGACCCUCCUCGAGGGUCUGACAGCUUGUGCAGAGCCGCAUAGCUUGAAGCUGCGGCAGGAACCCAUUUCGAAACCGAUGGUGGUGUGAACGGGGCGAACAGGAUGUAGGGGGGCGUAAAGGACCGGUGACCGAAAGCCUCGAUCAUGCUCCGCUCGUGCUGCCAUGAACCCUCUUCUGACUGCACGGGCCUCAGAUAGUGAGACUGACCUCUCUACCUCGGAGCUUCGAGACGGUGUCUGUGACACUCCGUUAAUGUUUCUCGUUCAUCACACAGCGGCCUCGAACGAGCGUUGCCGCAGCCGCGCCUCUCCGGCGCCAGGGCAAAUAUGCAUGGCUUGAAGGCUUCACCGGAAAACGCGCGCUGCAUGAGAUCGGGAAGCUUGUGGAGCAGAAAUCGUCCCGCUAUCGCUUCGAGAGUACGAGCUUCUAUAUAACGACAGCUGUUGCAGCAUCACAUGGUCC